AUGCGGCGAAUGGUUCUCCUCCUGAGAAGCACCGCCAGCUCAACCAAUCCUAAUUUCGUAAAGAUAGUCGAAGUAGGACCUCGCGACGGUCUCCAAAAUGAACCCAAGCCAAUCCCACCUCCCAUCAAAGCAGAACUCAUAAAUCAACUCGCUAUCGCAGGGAUCCGCAACAUCGAAGCUGGCAGCUUCGUGAGCCCCAAAUGGGUGCCUCAGAUGGCAGGCACAGCAGAGGUCCUAUCUCUCAUAGACAGUUUCCCGAAAACCGGUUACUCGGUGCUCGUCCCAAAUCAGAAAGGGCUAGACGACCUCUUAGAAAUACUUUCCCCUAGCACUUCUCCGAACUCACACGCAAAGCCCCCACCUCCAGUCACCGAAGUCGCGAUCUUCACCUCUGCAACAGAUGCGUUCUCUCUCGCAAAUACCAACGUCUCUGUUUCAGGUUCUCUCAAACGUCUCGCACCAGUGGCGCAUAGGGCUCUUGAUGCUGGGUUGAAGGUGCGAGGGUAUGUUUCAGUAGUCGUCACAUGUCCUUUUUCUGGACGCGUGGAUCCGAGACUGGUUAGGGAUGUUUCGAAGGAGCUAGUACAGAUGGGAUGUUACGAGGUGAGCUUGGGAGAUACGACAGGCGCAGGGACACCUGCCAGCAUCCGUGGGAUGCUUGAGGAAGUUGCAAAAGAAGUAGACGUAGGGAUCCUUGCUGGACAUUUCCACGAUACGAAUGGGACAGCGACUGCCAAUAUUAUGACUGCUCUUGACUUUGGGUUGCGGACAUUCGAUGCGUCUGUUGGUGGCCUUGGAGGGUGCCCGUAUAGUCCUGGCGCCACGGGUAAUGUUGCAACAGAAGAUGUCGUCUAUGCUCUUACUGGAGAUAGUCGAUGGGAUGUAGGUCCUGUUGACCUGUGGAUUUCUGGGGUACUCGGGCGAGAGACCACGAGUCGUGCUGGCAAAGCCCUAUUGGCGAGACGGAAGAGAGAAGAGGAACGUAAACGAAAGGAAGGAGCAAAGUUGUGA